UUGAAAACCUUGUUGAUUCCGGGAGAGGGAGCGGCGGCGGGACGCGGAGCGCGCGCGCCCCGGUGGGUGUGUGUCCGCGCACCAGGGCGCCAGCCGGCGCCGCCUCCCCUCACCUUCCCCCCCACCCCCCACUCCGGUAACUGUCGCCUCUGGCUGCCAUUCGUGCCGCGGCCGCGCCCGAGGAAGGAGCCAGAAGCCGGGGCUCGAGCUGAGAACCAGACACUAUGUCUUCUGUUGCUUCGUCAAAAGAAGAUACAAUGUCAUCUGAAAAAGCAGAUGAGAAAGAACCUGAGGCUGAGAACAAAGCUGAGGAAAGUGAUGAGGAUGAAGAGGAGGAGGAGGAGGAAGAAGAAAAGGAAAAGAGUCUCAUUGUUGAAGGAAAAAGAGAGAAAAAGAAAGUGGACCGACUGACCAUGCAGGUGUCCUCAUUACAAAAGGAACCUUUUACAAUUACACCAGGAAAAGGACAAAAACUCUGUGAAAUUGAAAGGAUACAGUUCUUUUUGAGUAAAAAGAAGACAGAUGAACUUAGGAACCUACACAAACUCCUCUACAACAGGCCAGGCACCGUUGCUUCUCUAAAGAAGAAUGUGGGUCAGUUCAGCGGGUUUCCAUUUGAAAAAGGAAGUGAUCAAUAUAAAAAAAAGGAAGAAAUGUUAAAAAAGUUUAGAAAUGCAAUGUUGAAAAGUAUCUGUGAAGUUCUUGAUUUGGAGAGAUCAGGAGUUAACAGUGAACUGGUAACCAGAAUCUUGAACUUUUUAAUGCACCCAAAAUCUUCAGGCAAGCCAUUGCCAAAGUCCAAGAAAACACCAAGCAAAGGUGGUAAAAAAGAACGCAGUAGUGCUGGAACAACAAGAAAAGCAAAACGCACCAAAUGUCCAGAGAUCUUGUCAGAUGAAUCUAGCAGUGAGGAAGAUGAAAAGAAAGAAAAAGAUGACUCUUCAGAAGAAAAGGAAAGUGAAGAGGAGCCCCCCAGGAAAGCUUCUAAAAGAGAAAAAUCUAAAAAGAUGCCUUCUAAAACCAAGAAAGCUGUGAAGGGUGCUAAUGUCAAGAAGGCAGAUAGCAGCACUACUAAAAAGAGUCAGACCAGUUCUAGAAAAGAGAGUGAGUCUGAGGAUAGUUCAGAUGAUGAACCGUUAAUUAAAAAGUUGAAGAAACCACCUACAGAUGAAGAGCUUAAAGAAACUGUCAAGAAGUUGUUGGCCAGUGCAAACUUGGAGGAGGUCACAAUGAAACAAAUUUGCAAGGAGGUGUAUGAAACUUAUCCUAGUUAUGAUUUAUCUGACAGGAAAGACUUCAUUAAAAAAACAGUCAAAGAGUUGAUAUCAUGAUCUGAUUUGACUGUGGGGAAUGGAGACUCCUACUUUUAUGUUCCCAUGAAUUUGAAGAUCCUAAUAGGCACCAGCAAAAGGAAUGUUUUUUACCCUUGUGGUAUUUAGUCAGAAGUGAUUCUGCUGAUACAAUGUUAAGAGUGUUGAUGUAAAUUGCUUUGUGUAUCUUUUAAAAAACAAAAACCGCAUUUAAUGCGGUUUUUAGUUCAACAUACUCAAGUUUUGUGCAUGGCAAUAAAUGUUCCCUUUUUUAUAGUUUUUGUACAUUUUGAAUUGCUUUGUAUAACCAGAUUCAUUAGACCCAUCAUAGCUUUUUAGUGUGUGUUACUAGCUUGCAGAAGGAGAUUUUAAAAUCAAGUAGGAUGAAAACUGCUUAUCUGCACAUAUACAUGAGAGACUGGAAUAUUGCAGUAUUGGUUAUAAAAAAAAUAUUUUGACUACAUAUCCAUUCUGAAAAUAAAAAGUUAGUCACAUUAGUGUCUUUUAUAUUCUGAUACAUUCUACAGAUGCAGAAUUAUUCUAAAUCUAGAUUACUGUCUUGCAUGUGUAGGCACUGUGAAAACUGUCAAAAGCAUGGUAGCUGAUUCGCAUAUAGAUGUUAUUUUUGUACUUUUAAAAGGCUUUCUGUUAUGUAUAUAAAGUUAUUUCAGAUUUCUUUUGUGCAAAUCAGUUUUUUAAUCUUGUUAUCUUAGAGGAUUUAUGACAUGAAAUGUCAGUGUUCAGCAGUGAGGCUGUGAUGAAAAGUGGAAUGCAGAAGUUUCACGAAGACUAUACAAAAGAAUUAAGAUUUUACUACUUGUUUGUCCCAUCUUACGUUGUACAGGAACUAAAUGUAGUUUUAUACUUAAGCUUUUCAGUGUUAAACUUUGUACAAAGACUGCAGAUAUUUCUUUCAAUGGCUUGACUUAUCAAAUAAAACUCCUCUAAAGGCUAUAGGAAAAAUUUCAAAUUUCACUUUGAAAAAACUUACAUUUCAGUGUCUUGAUUUGAUGACCAAACUUCUCAGAAGUAAGCAUCCAGGAUGUGCAGCUGUGAGGCUCGAUAGCUUUACAAGCCCAUCUGGGGGCCUCCAAACCAGGCAGCACUGAAGGGUGUGGCUAAACUGUACUUUAUAGGAGAAUGCUCUUCUGAACCAUGAUGCCUCAACAUGGGCAAUGGUACUUUAAGUCUGCAGUCUUGAUCUUUGGCCACAGCUUGUUGGAUCAAAAUGAACACUUCUUAUAAGUUUUGUUCUUAUUUAGAUUUCUGUUCUCCAUACACCUUAUUGCCAAUAUGGGAUGUCCUCCACUUAAAAUUUUGAACUGCUAAUAGAUGCCAAGAUGUGGGCUGCUAUUAAUAUCAUGAGCAAUGAAUCCCUCUGACUGUAGUAUUACUAGAAAGACAAAGCAUAUUUUUUUAAAUUUUAUUAUUGUACAUUUGAGAAAUCAGAGUUCAUAAGUGAUUUAAAUUCUGAAAAUGUUCAGCCAGUCAGACUAUUAAUCUUCACAUACUUCUCUAACUUCUUUGAGUGUAAUCAUUUAUAAUAAGACUGGAUGUAACAAUUUUUUUGUAUU